AUGAUCAGGAGUAUCACUGAUGCGGAUGAUGGUGUGUACAAGUGCAAUGCCAGCAAUAGUCAAGGAUGGACGAGUGCAACAGUGAGGGUAAAGGUUGAUGUGACAGAGGCUCCACAAAUUGCCGUCGCCCCAACUGCCCCCACAACAGUCAAUUAUGGUGCUGAAAUCUUCUUGCAAUGUGCUGCUACUGGCAUCCCUACACCACAGAUCACGUGGCUGAGAAACUCCCAAGAGCUCAAGUUCGACGAUAAUCAUCGUUCAAUUGACAUCUACAACGUGACUCAACGUCUUAAUGGACGGCCAGUCGAUGUGAUAUCUAACCUCAUGAUCAGGAAUAUCACUGAUGCGGAUGAUGGUGUGUACGAGUGCAAUGUCAGCAAUAGUCAAGGAUGGACGAGUGCAACAGUGAGGGUAAAGGUUGAUGUGACAGCAGAUAGACAUGUAUAG